UUGAAAAGCGCUACUGUAUUUCCUUCCUAGAUCGAGACAUGCAGAGUGAUUGUUGACAACCGGGGAAAUCCAACAGGUGAUGGUAUUGUGAUCUUCAGUGACAAGAAAGGUGCCGCUAUGGCCAUGGCGAAAUGUCAGGAGGAAUGCUAUUUCCUCACAAGUUCAUUACGUCCAGUUGUAGUUGAACCACUGGAUGGUCAGGAUGAGGAGGAAGGCCAGACAGAAGCUUCUAUUGCAAAAAGUCCCUUAUAUAAUAGAGAGAGGAAAGAGGGACCAAGAUUUGCUGAAAGAAAUUCCUUUGAGUGGGAGUAUGGCCUUCGAUGGAAGAGGCUGUAUGAAAUGUAUCGGGAAAAGAAGUCAUUGCUGGAAUCUGAUCUUCAGGCUGAAAUUGAGCACUUGGAAAUGCGUAUGAAUCUAGUACGUCAUGAGCAUGAAACAGAAAAGUUGAGAAGAGAGUUGCUUGCUCGUGAAGCUGAGGGUAUGCAGAUGAUGCAGCGUGCUGGUUAUGCCCUUGGUUAUGGUGGCAGGGAUUAUGAUUAUGGAGACAGCAGAUAUGGUCAUGAGUACGGAGGUCCCGACGGUGAUCGUUAUCAACAACAGCAGCAGCAGCAGCAGCAACAACAACAACCCAGUCUAACAGAACGGUACCAGCAGUUAACCCAACAAGAUGCCCGACUUCAGAUACAAACUAAAGAUCAGCAGCAGGCAAUUAAGAGAGGUGAUGGCAAAGAAGAACCAGAUACAAAGCGCCAGCGAUAUUAAUCUCGUGUAAAAUUUACUCUCACAGUACCAAGAGGCAUUAUGGCAAAUGUCAUGAGCCUUAAAUACAAAUUUAGGUUUAGUCUUGUAGAACAGAUUUUAUUUUACCAUUAUUUGGUGUUUAGUAUUAUCAUUGUUUGUAAGAUAAUAGGACUGGAAAGGAGAACUUUCUAUUGGUUUUUGAUUUAACCUAUAAUCUGAAGAUUAUAACUGGUUGUUAAUGCGGUAAGACUUUGUAUUUGUAGCUUCAAUUAUUGUCUUGUAGUGAAAAGUGUAUAUUGGAAUAAUUAAUGGUCUAUUAUAAUUGACCUUGAAUGUGUAAGGUGGUUUUGAAGUUUUUUUUUUUUUGUUUUUUUUUUUAUUUGUUUUUCACCGUUUUUAAAAUUCUCUUGGUAAGUAAUACAAUUACAUGAACAAGCAGUACACCCAAUUUCUGUUUUACCUAAUGCUUGAUGUCACAACCCAUAAGAAUUUAAUAAAUAUGUCCUUUUU